UUAGACCUAUUAUAAUUUCUGAUAAUGGAUUAAUUAGAUAUUCUCGUUUUUCUUACUAAAAAUUUAUCAUUUUAAUUUAUGGCUUCUCACCUUAGCGAAUCUAUGCAGGUGCAGAGACAGGUAAGAAAGUUAUUAUUAUUUCCCCAUUGUUUCUCAGCUAAAGCUACCGUUGUGAAUCAGACAUGCCACGCAACAAAUGGAGGAAUGAGAACCAUCUGUUCUUUUCAGAUGCAAUGUCCAUCAGUCGGAGAAAUAAAUCUGAUAUUAUCUCCUCCAGUAUUAAACAGUAUCUUACCAGUAGAGAUAUACAACCUAACAAACUACAGAUUAGUUUGAGUGAGCUAGCAUCUCUGUCUGUUGUUGAGAAUGAAAUAUCAAUACGGAAUCUCAUAUCGUUCAGCGCUGAAACUGUAGAUCACGCUUCAGCUGAGACGCAGUACACUAAGUUUAAGGUUUGGAUAUCUGAGAGUCCUGAUCACUAUAAACCUGAACUAGCCCAGCUGUUGUAUCCAGUAUUUACUCAUCUAUAUAUCCGUCUACUCGUCAGCUCUCCUUCUACUCCUGGAGCUGCAGCAGCUCAUAGGUUUCAUAAACGCCAUCUGUCUACCUUCCAGGGCAACCCUGAGUUUAAACAGUUUAUCCACCAGCUCGGAGAAGUGAACAGUGUAGAGGAGUUGGAUCAGACACCAGCAAUAUCAACAUUUAGAUCCUCGAGGUACGCUGUAACUCUAACUAUAGAAACAUAUUCUUAUUUACUCAGAUACCUGGAGAAAACUCAAUGUAACCUGAUCCUUACUGUUCUAAACCAGGAGGUUGAUGUUACUAUCGGAGAUCCCCUUGGAGCUGGGAGUAGACAGGAUACACGAGCUAGUCUCUCCUCCCCCUCACCUUAUACAUCCAUGCUAAAUCAGGACGCAGACCCAGAGGAGGUUGAGAGGUUAGAGGACCUCAGUAGAAGGGUUCGGGCUAGCUCUCCCACAGCCCCUAGUAUAUCCCUGUACAGAAUACAGAGUGAGGACGGAGUUUGUGUGAGUGGAGAGACGGAUAUCCAUGGAAAACAUCUUGUAUCAGGAUGUGAAGAUGGUAUAGUGAGAUUAUGGCAUACUCUACCUAGUGAAAGUCCCAUAGUUCUAGAUACUAGUUCUAGUAGUGUCAGACUAGGUUGUACUUCUCCGGGAUUAACUACAUCUAGAACUAUACAGCGAGGACGUUGUAGAACUUUGAAGGGGCACACAGGGACAGUUUACAGUGCCAUUUUCCUUCCUGAUCAUAAUCAUAUAGUAAGUGUAAGUGAAGAUACAACGGUUCGUAUCUGGGACAAGGUUUCCGGAGCAGGGUUAGCUGCGCUACACGGACAUAUGUAUCCUGUAUGGUGUACUGCUAGUGAUAGUAUUGGGGUUAAUUUUGCAACCGGAAGUAUGGAUCGAACUGCGCGCUUGUGGAGACCUGAAUACGCGCACCCUCUACGCAUCUAUGUGGGACACGAACAAGAUGUUGAUUGUGUGAGUUUUCAUCCGAACUGUUUGUAUUUGAUGAGCGGAAGCUGUGAUAGAACAGUUCGACUGUGGCAUGUUGAACAGGGACGAUGUGUUCGAGUUCUUAAUGGUCACAAGGGAGCAGUUUCUGCAGUGCAGAUUUCUCCAUGUGGAGAAAAGGCAGCAAGUGCUGGUGAGGAUAAAAAGAUCAGGAUAUGGGAUUUAGCCAUGGGGAAGCAAAUAAAGGAAUUAAAGGGACACACAGAUACAGUUACAAGCUUGGUAUGGGGGGACUCUAGACUACUCUGCAGUGGAGGAUUAGACGGAUCUCUCAGAGUGUGGGAUGUAGAUUUAUCGGAUGAAGAGCUGUUGGAAACCUAUCCUGUCGGAGCAACCAUCCUGGGAUCUAACUUUACAGAAACCAAUACUCUUGUAACCAUUGCUCAGGAUACACAACAUCAGAUCAAUGGUUCAUAAUCACAAUUUACUUGAUUUAAAGUUGGAGUUAAUGAAUAACGAGAAGUAGUUGAGCUAGAUACGAAUAGUUGUAUUACCUCAUUCUUCAAUAGUUCCAACCUCAGAUUAACUAUAUGCUAGGUUUAAAUACAUUCCACUGAAAAAAAAACACAACAACAAAAAUUAUAACAUACGCUUAGCUGAUAAAUUAACAAAAACUUCGAAUGUAAAAUUCUUCCUUAAUUGUUUUUAUACAAGUGUAAAUUCUAGAUCGAACGCAUCGGUAAUUUUAUCUUUUACAACAUAAACAUAACUGUACCAGUACCUUAGAUAUUUAUUUAUAUUUGUGAUAUUUUCCAAGAAGAAAGAAAGGAUUUGAUCUCUUUCUAGUCCCUGAUAUCUCCUUCACAAAGCAUAGAGAUGAGUCUCAAAUAUGUUUUCAGAAAAA